AAACAAUGGACAUUAGAUUUUUUAUGUUUUUUAUCAUCAUCCUCUUACUGCUUUUCUUCUCUACACUCUCAUGUGGAACUGAUAUCAUGAUCUCAUCCACCAAUCUUAGUGAUGGUGCGACCUUAGUUUCUAAUGAUGGAAGCUUUGAACUGGGCUUUUUCAGUUCUGGAAGCUCCACCAAGAGCCGUUACUUGGGAAUUUGGUUAAAGAAAAUCUCAGUUCAAACAGUCGUUUGGGUUGCAAAUAGGUGCGACCCGAUUAAUGACACGUCUGGUGUUUUGAUGAUAAACAGCACAGGCAAUCUGGUACUCCUCAGUCAAAGCGGGAGUGUUGUUUGGGCACCAAACUCAAGGAAUGGUGCUCAAAACCCAGUUUUGCAGCUCUCGGAUUCUGGAAAUCUUGUUCUAAAGGAUAGAAUUGCUGGUAAAACAGAAACACUUUUGUGGCAAAGCUUUGACUAUCCCACUAAUUCUUGGCUGCCAGGGAUGAAACUUGGAUGGGACUUAAAGACUGAUCUUAAUCGACGACUAUCAGCGUGGAAGUCCUCAGAUGAUCCAUGCCCUGGAGACUUAACUCUUGGGAUAGAGCGAUAUAAUUAUCCCGACCUUGUUAUGUGGAAAGGCUCAAACAAGUAUUUCCGUGCAGGCGGCUGGGAUGGCAUUGGAGCGACUGGUUUACGCCUACCGGAGCCAAAUCUCUACUUUACGUUCAAUGUCACCAUAAAUGAAGAGGAGAUAUACAUCAUCUAUACCCUCAAAAUCGAAUCAAUAAUCACAACAAUUGUUUUGAACCAAACUUCCAGUAGGCUGCAGCGCACCAUAUGGAAUGAAGAAGCUAGAACUUGGGUAGUGUACAGUCAACUUCCAACAGAUGACUGUGAUAACUAUGGGAUGUGUGCGGCAUAUGAGACCUGUUUCGACACAUCGAUGCCCCCUUGUCAAUGUUUGAAAGGUUUCAAGCCGAAAUCACAAGAAUGGAACUCAGUGGACUUGUCUAGUCAGGGAUGUGCUUGGAGAUUGUGGAAAGAAGGAAGCACUUCUCAACUAAUUGAUUCGUUUGUACUAGAGUCUUGCACUCUAACUGAAGCAUUAAGGUGUAUUCACAUUAGUCUAUUAUGUGUUCAGCAUCAACCCGAGGACAGGCCAAGUAUGUCAUCUAUUGUUUUGAUGCUGGGUAGUGAGAAUACACUGGUACAACCCAAAGAACCCAAUUUCCUUGUUCACAGCAAAUCAAAUGAAACAAUUUCUUCAUCUAGCAAGCCUGAAUCAUCUUCAACCAAUGAACUUAGCCUGUCAAUGUUGGAGCCUCGAUAAAGUGUAAUCACUUAGAAACUAUAAAUGCCUAGUGUUGAA